AUGGAGAAUCUGGUUUGGUUUUCUACAAAUGGUAAAAAGGCAAUGGAAGAAGAACUUAUAAAAGGACGUGACAUGGCAAAUCAACUGCUUGAAGUACUAACCUAUGAUGAUGAUAAGUCAAAUGUUAUUAAGGAAGUCAAAGGGUCAAACUCAAAAUCAUUAUCAACCUUAAUAGCUGAAGAUCUUGUGCGAGAGGUACUCAAAUCAUUGACAAAUACUCUUUUGCUUUUGAACAACAAUCAAGACUCUAAUGAUGUUUCGGGUGGAGCUUACAAGAAACUCAAAACUCUCAACAGUACUAAACAUCCAAAAGAGUCGAACAAGAGAAAGUCAACUUCAGCAACUUGGGAAAAGACUAGCUCAAUAUUGAUUGAUGAUGGUCAUACAUGGAGAAAGUACGGACAAAAAAAGAUAACAAAAUCCAAAUACUAUAGGAGCUACUAUAGGUGCACACACAGUGAUCAGCAUUGUGAAGCAAUGAAACAUGUUCAGAGAACUCAAGAGAGUCCUCCAUUGUAUAAGACUACAUAUUAUGCCCGUCACACUUGCAAAAACUCUUUCUAUUCCGACCAAAAUUUGGAACCGAAUUCGCCCUCUGACGACUCUUCGGUGUUGCUUAGUUUUGAUAACAACGAUUUAAUUAAACAAGAAUACCAGCUUCCACCACCAUUGCCAUUGCCACCAAUUCUUGCUUCAAUAAAAGAGGAUCCCAUGAAAGAGAUUCAUGCUGAUUAUUUUGAUCAAAAUCAAUUUUUAUUACCCGAGAACAUCCUAUCAUGUAACUUGGAAGUUUAUUUCGAUUAUCUGAAACAUACCACUAUGCUAUUAUCGACUGAAUCAUUUGAAUUUGGGAAUGUUUAUGAUCAGUUUGGAUUUUGA